AAGUGUUGGGGGAGUGAGUGUGAGAUACAACCUCCUUAUAAAGGGACUCUCUCACGUUGUGGCAGGGAAAUUAGAGCACAUUGCCUAAAAUCGAGGUCUUCACAUACACACACUCUCACACACCGAGUCACCGAGAGCCGCUGCCAUGAACUGGAUGAACGUUGAGGAGAUGCUCCGCAGGGCCGAGACGCCUCUCUUCUGGGUCGGCGCGUUCACCGUAGCCUCUGUGGUGAUGUGGCUGCUCUACAGGCUGUUCUCAGGCUUCAGGAUCUGGGUGUUGGGAAAUGGGCAGCUUCUAUCUACGAAGCUGGGCAGAUGGGCAGUUGUGACAGGAGCCACAGAUGGAAUUGGGAAAUCCUAUGCGGAGGAGCUGGCUCGUCGUGGAUUUGCCAUGGUGUUGAUCAGUCGCUCCCAGGACAAGCUGGAAGAUGUGGCCAAGUCACUUGAGGAGCAGUAUAAUGUGGAGACCAGGAUCAUUGCUGUUGACUUUGGCAAGACGGACAUCUACGACAAGAUCGAGGCAGGGCUGGCCGGUCUCGAUAUUGGUGUUCUUGUCAACAAUGUUGGUGUGUCUUACUCCUACCCUGAGUACUAUCUCAACAUCCCUGAUCUGGACAAUUUCAUCACAAAUAUGAUCAAUGUCAACAUGACUUCAGUGUGCCAGAUGACUCGUCUGGUGCUGCCCAGAAUGGCUGAGAGGUCCAAAGGUGUUAUCCUCAACAUUUCCUCUGCUAGUGGCAUGUAUCCUGUCCCUCUGCUCACAGUCUACUCUGCCACCAAGGCCUUUGUGGAUUUCUUCUCUCGUGGCCUGCAAGAGGAGUACAGGCGUCAGGGCAUUAUCAUCCAGAGCGUGCUGCCUUUCUUUGUGGUAACAAAGAUGACCCGUAUCAGGAAACCCACCCUGGACAAGCCCACACCGGAGCGAUAUGUAGCAGCUGAGCUUUCCACUGUGGGUCUGCAGAGCCAGACUAAUGGUUACUUCCCCCAUGCAGUCAUGGGUUGGGUGACCACCAAGAUGGUGCCAAGCAGCAUUGUUAUCUUCCUGGGAGCCAGAAUGAACCGUCUGCAGCGCACUGGAUACCUGCAGAGGAGAAAACUGCGGGAGCAGAAGAACGGAAAAAGUUUUAAGAGUGAAUAGGAAGAUGGCUGACGAUUCUGCUGGCACAUUGUUCUGACCCAGUGCAGUGUUUCAGGGGAUUGAAGGAGAGAUUGUUUUGGUUUUUUUUGUAUUUGUGAUGUAUCUUCCAGGUUUCCUUGAGAUUUCACCUUGGUGCCUUUUUGUAAAUGAGCAUAUGAGAGAAUAUGUAUGACUGGCAAAUGCGCCUGGAUGUGAUGUGGCUGGAGAGACAUCGUCUAAAUGUUUAUAAAAUGCUGCUGUUGGCAAAGGACAUUAGUAUUUGUCACUGACACUAAUGGUGGAAUUUAUACAGCAAAAAACCGAGUGAUUUGUUAGCCCUGCUGUUGUAAGCAGUGGAAAAUGGUGGUGGGCAUCUUUUUAUAAUAUAUGUAUAAAUAUUUAUUUUAUAUUUGUAUAACACAUGAGCCAAAGUCAGUCCUUUUUGUAAGACCAGUUUUCAACCUCGUCCAUCUUAAAAAUCAUUCAGCCAUUUGAAAUAAUGGCAAUUUCUCCUUUUCUAUCAUGUUGGUUAACUUGUCACUAAGCUGUAAUCAUCAACCAUGGGCUCCUUCUACAAGAUAAGCAUGUUUUCAAUAUGUUUGAAGAUAUUUUGUGAUGGGUUGUUGUUGCACUAAUAUACUCAUGUUCUCCACAUGUUUUCAGUUUUCACCAAUUCUUUGACUCUAACAAAUGUGCCUUUCUGCUGCCCUUCUAUUUUAAUGCUGAAAACUUUCUAAUUCACUGAGCAGGUAUUGAGGUGUUGAGAUGUAUUAUGAAAUGAUGCAGUUCAGCUGGUGCCAAUUCUGUUUAAACAUUUGCUUGAGCCUCCGAGCUUUAGUUGGAUAUGUGUUCUUUUUGUGUAGAAAAUAUCUCUGUAGUUGAAGAUUUACCAAAGAGUGGGGUUUACAUAAUUGGCUACAGUAUCGUAUACAUAUGAAGGGAUUCACACACAACUAU